UGGUUUAUAUGCGAAGUCGCCAUUGCUACAUGUUUUUGUACUACACGUACUGACCACCAGGGGCAGUCACGGCGCCUGGGUUAAGUGGAUUCUUUUUAACUACACAACAACGAGCAAGUACAUAAAAGCUUGACGUCAUGCUUGAACAUUAAUUUGUGCACGGAACCAACAAUAUUUUUUUACAAAAAAGAAGACAAUUUUUCCGAACUGCCAACUAAAAAAGUGUUUUACCGCCGCAGCGCCACAUGCGAGUGCGGCAUACGAGCGCUAGAGUGCAGUAGAGAGCAGACAUGAUUGUUUACUUCCUGCUGACCGCAGCAGAGAUUUAAUAGUCAGCUGACAGGUGUGCGAGGUGCUAGUACGUUAGCUUAGCUUACGGUAGCACUUUAGCGUCCGUUUUUGCUCUGUAUGUUCUAUAAAUGUUGAAAUGAUGAGGCCGACAGUGUGGCUUUUAUGCGACCGUCGCUAGUUUUAGCCUAGCUUAAGAGCUAGCCCAAAUGGAGGCUAUACGAGUGUUAGCUAAGUUAGCACGUCAGGGAAGUUGUUAAGUUUAGUCCUCCAUGUUGGCUCAAUGGCAAGAAGCGAGCCGGGCAAUGGAGUUGAUAUUCGGGGCAGCACAGACAAGCUGAUAGGUGGUGGAGGUGGUGGUGGACACAGUGAUGUUGUGCCGCUGGAGGCGAAUGGCACAUCCGGGGAGAAAGAGGUGGACAAGUACGGCUUCACAGGAGGAGCCCAGCAGUACCCAGGACUCUCUGCUGAAGAAAUCCCCACUGACGUGCUAAGGCAGCGGGAGGCCAAAUGGCUGGACAUGCUCAACAACUGGGACAAGUGGAUGGCCAAGAAACACAAGAAGGUGAAAGAGCGCUGUCAAAAGGGCAUCCCUCCCUCGCUGCGUGGUCGGGCCUGGCUCUACCUGACAGGAGGCAAAGUGAAAGAGGAGCAAAACCGGGGCAAGUUCCGGGAACUGGACAUCCAACCAGGGGACCCCAAAUGGGUGGACAUCAUCGAGAGAGACCUCCAUCGACAGUUUCCCUUCCAUGAAAUGUUCUCAGCUAGAGGAGGACACGGGCAGCAGGACUUGUUCCGUGUGCUUAAGGCGUACUCGCUGCACCGUCCCGAGGAGGGCUACUGUCAGGCUCAGGCCCCUGUGGCCGCUGUGCUCCUCAUGCACAUGCCUGCAGAGGAUGCGUUCUGGGUUCUUGUGCAAAUUUGUGAGAAAUACCUUCCUGGGUACUACAGCACGGGGCUGGAAGCCAUCCAACUGGACGGAGAGAUCCUGUACGCUCUGCUGCGGCGUGCGUCUCCCGUGGCCCACCGUCACCUCAAGCAGCACAAGCUGGAGCCCAUCUUGUACAUGACGGAGUGGUUCAUGUGCGCCUUCUCGCGCACGCUGCCGUGGGUGUCGGUCCUCCGCGUCUGGGACAUGUUUCUCUGUGAAGGAGUGAAGAUCCUCUUCCGAGUGGGCCUGGUUCUCCUCAAACGCAUGUUGGGAUCGCAAGAGAAGGCGAAGGCCUGCCGAGGCCUCUAUGAAACAAUGGAGCGUCUUAGGGCCAUACCUCCACAGUACAUGCAAGAGAGCUUUCUGGUGCAAGAGAUCCUGGACUUGUCCGUGUCAGAGAAAGACAUCGAGAAAGAACACUUGGCGCAGCUGCGACACUGGAAGGACUCCCACGGCGACCUCCACUACACGUCGCCUCCCAGGAUGCACGGCGCCAAGGCCGUCAUGGCCGCCGAGCCGCCAAGCAGACAGGAUCUGAGGCAGAGGCCCACCAUCGUCGAGGAGCUCCUCCCGGAGGACGAAAGGGACAACACUAGGAAGGGCAAGAAGGAGAAGCGGAAGGGGACUAUUCUGCCGACACAGGAGACGGAAGGUCCUCCCUCGCGUCUCGCUGAGCCCUCGCCGCUCCCCUCACCGGCACAAGUGUCCAGGGAGAGCGUUAGCGACACCUAUCUGUAGCCAGGUGAGCACGCUCAUCUUAUGAGCGCCAAAGAUCAUGAUUAUCAGUCCGUUACCGCCAUGGACAGUGGCACAUCUGCUGGUUUAUAAAUGUGUAAUUCCCUUUGAACAACAGCAGGUGGCGACAAUGACGGGCAGUGCAGUCACGGUUUUUUUCCACUACUGACCUGCAACUGCUACUAUUGAUGGACUAUGACAGGGGUCGGCAACCCAAAAUGUUGAAAGAGCCAUAUAGGACCAAAAAUACAAAAACAAAUCUGUCUGGAGCCGCAAACAAAUUAAAAGCCAUAUUACAUACAGAUAGUGUGUCAUGAGAUAUACAUUGAAUUGAGAUGACUUAAAGGAAACUAAAUGACCUCAAAUGUAGCUACAAAUGAGGCAUAAUGAUGCAAUAUGUACAUAUAGCUAGCCUAAAUAACAUGUUAGCGUCGAUUAGCUUGCAGUCAUGCAGUGACCAAAUAUGUCUGAUUCGCACUCCACACAAGUCAAUAACAUCAACAAAACUCACCUUUGUGCAUUCAUGCACAACGUUAAAAGUUUGGUGGACAGAAAAAGAAGUGGCAUAAAACACGUCCUAGAAAGUCGGAGAAAGUUAUACAUGUAAACAAACUACGGUGAGUUCAAGGACCGCCAAAAUUAGUAGGACAAAAUGGCGCUCGCCAAAUACUCGAAUCAGUGAAGCAUGUUUAAUAUAAACAGUGUGCUUUAUAACAAUUAGGGAGGUUUUGUCCUCCUACAGAAACCAUAUUAAAACAAAAAAUAUAUUUUUUCCCCCCUCAUCUUUUUCCAUUUUUCAUACAUUUUUGAAAAAGCUCCAGAGAGCCACUAGGGCGGCGCUAAAGAGCCGCGGGUUGCCGACCCCUGGACUAUGAUCAUGUCUCGGCAGACAACCAUGGAGUUACGCAAUCACCGGCUACAUCAUCAGGUAGAUAUUUGAAUAAGAUACUGCCUGUAUGAAGACAGUGAUGAUCAGAUUUGAUUGACUCUGUCAGAGAGGCAAAUAUUUCUGCCAUCAUUUUGUGUUUCUAAAUAAGGUAAAGGUAAGGACUUUGGAGUCAGAUUCAAUCUCAACUCGUUUGUAAUCUAAAGAAGUAAAACAGUGUACUUGCCCACUACAUACAUUCUAUCCUAUCUGAAGGCAAAACAUAAUAUGGAUUAGAGCAUACAAAAUACAGAUGUUGAAUAAUUUGACACUGCUCCUAAUGUUGUGGCCGGUGACGCUCCCAUGCACUACCUUCCAUCACCAGCAGACAUUAAUACAUGAAGGUAUUUGUGCGCUACCGUUAGCCAAAGAUUUUUAAAGACGCUUAGCCAUGUGUGCGAAUGAAGCAAAAAAAUGCAAUCAAGUCUAAGGAUGUUACUGGAAAACCACAUUGUUGUCACGCAAGCACAAUCCUCUUUACCUUAAUGUGUUGUUGGGAGAUCAUUUCUACUGUUUAAAAAACAAACGCAGUCCAACGAAUGUACACGUACUCCGAUUAUAUUUACAUUGCACUUUUAGGGCGGGGAAUCGAUAUAUACUUACAAUCAUAGGAUCAACCAUGAACAUGAUUUAUCGAUAAACUUUAUGAAGGGAAAAACAGUGAAGGGUAUUGGACUGUCUCUCAAUCAACACUAUUUCAGGAUGUAGUGCUUUGUGUGAUGUGUAGAUGGCGCCACUGAGCUGCUCCUGAUCCUAAGGGUAAUAAUGCUCAUCACUAAUUAGUGCAAUCCAAUAACAGGAUGCUGGGAUGCUAAAGUAUUUUUCUAUCACACUGCUUGGUUUGUAAAUGAGUUCAAGAAAAAGGCAACUGUUUUAUAUUUACAUUUAAUAAAUGAAAAUAGCUAAGUGA